GUUAGUUGCUUCUACGGUUCGGACGUGUUUGUCUUCUGAUAUUUUGUUCGUAAAAUAAAGUCAUCUCUUUCACCAAAAAAAAGUUUGUCAAUUUUGAAGAUUUUCUCCAUCGUAUAUUCAUUUAGCAUAAUCAUUUGCUAAUCUCUUGUGUUUUAUUCAUAAAACAGACACAAAUCACAGUUAUAUUAAGCUUAAUAUUCAUUCCUGUUAAUUGAGAAAAAACCUUAACAAAAUGGCUGAUGUUGUUGAAAAGAAUGAAACCCCAGUUGUCGAGAAAGUCGCUGCUGAAGAGGUAGAAGCAAAAAAAGAAAGAGAGGUUGCAGAAGAAGCAGCACCAGCAGCUGAAAAUGGUAGUGCUGAUAGUGCAUCCGCCAAAGAAAACGGCGACGCUGCCGAAGAGGUAGCUGCUGAAUCUACAACCGAAACUCCGAAAGAAGCGUCUGCUGAGGCUGAAGCUGCUGCUCCUGCCGAAGAAAAUGGCAAGGAGGCUGAGGCGGAAAGCGAAGCAACUGAUUCAGCUCCUGCAGAAGCUGUUAAGAGAAAAGUUGCCGAUGACGAAACUAAAUCAGAAGAACCCACUGCAGCAACACCAGAGAAAAAACCUAAGUUAGACGAUUCUGUAAAAGAAGAUAACCAAAAUGGUUCCGAGGCAUCAGAAGUUGCGGCUUAACUUAGAUCUUAAUAUUACAUAUAAACUAUAAACAUAUUCAGUAACAAACUAAAAGAGAAAAAAACAGAAAAAGUAUACACCCAUAGAUUUUUAUGUGUAUGAUUUUAUGAAAAGUGUUCAGUUUUUAUGUUAGAGAUUGAUGCAUUCAUAAUCAAUCUUCAAUUUGAAGCAACUAUACUUUAACAGUUGACAUCUACAAAUAGAGGGAUGUAUUUUGCAUUAUUAUUUCCAGUAUUUAUAGCAAAUCAUCCCUCUUACCAAGAAAAAGGCUAAACCUGUACAUUCAAACAAAUAUUCAAUAAAGUACUCGACUUAUGGUGAGAAGUCAAAUCUAA